AUGGCGACCUCCUCCCUUCACUCGUCUCUAAUCGAGUCUUUCGGAGGCAAAGACGACGGAUGGAUCCCGCUGCUAGCAGUCGCGCCUGUGCGCGGAAGCGGAGCUCCGCCCCGCAGUUCGUCUGCAAGCCGCCAGAGCGGCUUCAUCUUCUGCACACUUGGCACCUCCGACAGCAGCGGCAGGUGUCACGCCACUCUGUGUCGUCGCCGUAGGAACGAUUCGGUUCUGCUUCUUUGGAGGCAGUGCCUGGACAGGGCGCCUGAGAAGUCCAGUUUAUCGCUCGUGCGAUCUGUACGUAGGAAAGGUGCUGCUACUGGGUCCUGCAUACGACUGGUGGCUAGCCUGGAAGCGUCGGCGCCAGAGGAGCCGCUUCCAGCAGCGGAAGCACCUCCGGACGUGCCAGGCGCGCCAGCUAUUCAGCGAGAUGAGUCCACGGACGUGUGGCAGCAGCUGCUGCCAUUACCACCAACGAUGCUUGCCAGAUUCACCGAAUCGUCUUUCGAGUUCCAUAUGAUGCUCGUAGAUCGAGUAAUGAAUUUUCGUUUUGGAUACAAGCGUCGCCAUGCAAGACGUCUCGUCUUGCAAGAGCCGAAUGCGCACCCCAGCGACAUCGCUUGGGAUCGAGCGAUUCGCCUCUCUGCGUACCUGCAAAGCCGCCUCCAGCGGGGCACGCCGUCGGACUCGACGCAGCAGGCGUCGGUGCCGUGCUUGUCGAGCUUACGCCCCCGAGCGCCCAUUUUGAAAGGCCUUAUUGCGGGUGGGCGUGAGUUUGAGCAAACGCUCCUUGAGGCGCUGCGACAACAUGGUCAUGAGGUUGUCUGCUGUCACUCGGUGGCGGAAACGCUGCGAGCAAUGGAAGCUGGGGUUGCGAUCAUCGCGCAAGCGCCCCUUGAACACGGAACCUUGCAUGGUCGCAGUGACUUGCUGGUUCGAGAAUGGGUCCAGCUCGGCGACCAGCGCGGAAUCUGUCCUGCGGACUCGCCGUGGAAUCCGUGGGAAGAAGCCAGUUUGCCCUCAACUGCACUACCACCUGAAGCGCGCUGGAUUGCCUCCGUACCUGCGGCGCAGUGGGAUCGAUAUCGUCUGUACCGCUACACUGUCGCUGAAUGCAAACUAGCUCGCAAAGCACAGCCGCAGUUUACAAUGCAGGCGAUGGCGUAUCUGUGGAUCGUUCGGGCUUUGGAGCGACGUCAGGAGCAGACCCUUGGCUACUGGCCUCGUUUCUAUCUGUGUCUGGACAGCGAAUCGGAUGCGGUUGUUGCGCAGGUUCAGUGUUGGCGUACAGCGGAUUGCUCGUUUUACUUUGAAGCGAAACUGGAGGAGUUACUGUCCGUGGUUCGUCGUGAGGGCGCACGUCUACUGAAGACCAACCUCGCGGAGCUUUCGCUGCGCAUUGCGGAAAGCGCUUCCAGCUUGGACAUGCUCAUUGCCAUGCGUGAGUGCCGCCGCCGACUCACACAGAACGCCUACGCAGCAUGCGCCCUGGAGCGCUAUCAUCAGAGCCCGUUGCUCGUUACCGAGAUGCGCCUGCAUGACAUGCGCCAGUUAUGGGAAAGAGGGUUCCGCAACCUCGAGCAGCUGGCGAGCCUGCCUGCCGCAGAGCAGCUCCAGCUUGCCGACAUUCCCCCAUGGCGACUUUCGGAGUACAUGCUGCAAGCGCGCCUUUUACUGCAGCGUUAUCGCCAUGGCGAUGCGAGCCGACUGCCCUAUGAGCCACGGCCGCAUGCGAACGCCGAGCCUGCUCGACUGUUGCCACCAGCUUCGCCUUACGAUAUGUACAUCGCCUACAUGACUUCAUACGAUGGUUCGUAUUUUCUGCUCGGAAUAUGGUGCCCGGGGCAGUACGCGCGGCCGACCUCCUUCUGGGCAUACACACCAGAAGAAGCCACAUCCAUCCUCCGGCGUUUCCUGGUCCACGUUCGCGCGGCGCUAUUUGAGGAUCCCCAGCUGCACGUCUACCACUUUGGCGAACUGGAUCGGCACGCCCUGAUGGAGGUAGCGCUCGCGACGCACGAUGCCGGCGUGCAGGCAACCGUGGAUCAGUUACCGCUAGUCGACUUGCGGCAGGUUGUACGGGCCAGCUUCCUCAUCGGUGACCACGACCCGUACAACUUGCGAUCACUGAACAGUCUCAUUCGUGGUAGCGCUAUCGCCUGCAGCACUAUAGUUAUGGCGCCCCAAGCAGAAGCAACAGAACUCUAUGAGCGCUAUCGAAUCGCCAGUCGAUACAACAACGCUGAGCGUGCGCGUAUCGUGCGCAAUCGCCUGCUGGCGCUGAGCGGCUCGAUCUGCAGAUCGUUGCACGCACUCGCCGGCUGGCUGCGCACGCACGACCACGUCUACAGCGCUGCGUGCGCUGGGAUGCGUGCACCAGUGCUUUUAUCAUCAUCGGCAGCAUCAGCAUCAGCAUCAGCAGCAGCAGCAGCGUCGCAGGAUUCGAAUGAUACCUUAUCGAACGAAUCUGUUCAAACAGGUUCAGAUGUGGAGCUCGCUGAUCACCGCGAGUGGCGUGCUGCUGCGGGAUCAUCGGAAUCGGGUGCGCGGCGUUGCGUGAACGUCAACAGCAGCGAUGCUGGUGCUGGUGCUGCUGCUGCUGCUGCUACUGCUGGUGGUAAUGGUGGUGAUAGUGAUGCUGACGACGAGGACAACGACGAGGAUGCCUCGGGAUCUGCGCGAUUUCGGCACGCUGUGGCGCCGAGUACACCGUACGCUACCAUGAUAGAGAUGCUACGCACGGAACGAGCUGCAGGGAUACCGGAGCGGGACGCGAUGCUGCUGUCCCUGCACGUGCGGCAACGGCUGCCGGUCGAUGAUCCCAUGCGGGAUCUGGUCGAUUACAUCCUUCGAGAGUCCAAAAUAGAGUUGCAGCAUUUGGCAUGGCGCCAGCGGCCGCAGGUAGCGCUGGAUCGCGACCUCUACGAUCAUCCUGAUGUGAUUGUGGACGCGAUCGUAGUUGACUGGGAUGCAGCGUCCCCGGAAACGUCCUUGUCCGCGAGCGACGCCUCUGCUGGCGAUCGGCGGCGACGUACCAGCUCCCAAAAGACAUCUAUCGUCUCUGGACGAGACGUUGAUGCUGCAGAGCGCCUGGCGAGUACAACCCGAUCCCAAACAGCGCCAUCCGCUGCGCUGACACCACCAGCACGACUGGAACAACCGAUGGGGGUUGCGGGUGGCGACUCGGUCGACAGCAUCGCGGGUAUGCACCACGACGACAACGGGUCGGCUGGGAGCGGCGUGCAUGUCCAAGGCAGUUCCAUAUCGACGAUGCAGGCAUCCAGUGACCUGUCUGGGUCGCCAGGAGCCGCUCCUCGAGUCCAGUAUGCGGAUCAGGGGCCCGAUCUGCCGACGCAUUCCAGUGCAUCGAAAGCGACGCGCCCACAGCGCAAAAAACUGCAGGCAUCUUCGAUGAACGGUCCGCCCGCUGAGACUCCCGCACGACCGGAUCGUGUCAACUUGCGCGUAUGCUUCCCCGCUGAGCAGCGAAUCUACUCGGAUUCCGGCGAAUGGCAGGCUUGUUUGCUCAUCGGUGAGCGCUACCUCAUGGUACCGCUGGCGCGUCUGCGGUUCACAGGUCCCGAUUCGGCAUCCAUUCAAGUGGACCGGGCGACAGCCGAGCGCUUUCUCCCUGCGGGCACGCGUCUGCCGCGCAUCGUUCGACGACCGCCCUUCUUUCGUCGUCUGUCGUCCAUUCUGGGUCUCUGUGCAGCAGCGAUGCACUCGCGACAGACACCGCUGGUUGCGCGCUACUUGCGACGCGAGUGCCCAUUUCCUUCUCUGGUGGCGUCUGACGAACCUUUUCGAACUGCCGAGCAGGUACCACAGGUUGUCGAAUCGCUUCGUCAGAUCACGGAUGGGCGCGUUCUGGUGAUACAGGGACCGCCUGGUUGCGGCAAAACGCAUACCAUCGCCGAGUGUAUCGCGGAACUGGUGCUGGGGCCACAGCCGACUGGUCGCCAUCGCUUUUGUAUUGGCGUAUGUGCGAGUAGCCACGCGGCCAUCGACCAGGCACUGGGCGCCCUGGUGCAACGUCUUCGAAUUCGCGGAUGUACGCAUACCGCAGCGCUGAUUUGGCGUAUUGGCCAGCACAAGCAGUGCAGUUUACCGACGGGCGCCGUUCACGUAACCACUCGGGUUCCGAGAAUGGCGCCGACGUCGUCGGAAGCGGAUCCCCCGUUCAGUGUGCUCGCGGGUACGGCAUUCGCGCUCUCACACGAGCACCUGCGGGAGCGGCUCGACUACCUCUUCGUAGACGAAGCUGGUCAGAUGGCACGAGCGUAUUUCGUUGCCAUGCUGCCGAACGUUCGGCGUGCUGCGGUGCUGGUUGGUGAUCAGAUGCAGUUGGCGGCGGUAUCGGCGAAUAACUCGCUGCUGCCGAGCGGGCGACCCCUCGUCGGUGGCGAGUCUUCGCUGACGUACCUGCUCGGAGCUGACACGUCGGUCGCUGGGCCCGCCUGGGGCUGGUUCUUGCCGACGACGCACCGCCUCUGUCCUGAGCUCUGCCGCUUCAUCGGUACGACCUUUUACCAGGGGCGGCUGCGCUGGCAUGCCCGUACCGAGCAGCAUCAGGUCUGGGAUCACCAUCUGGGGCGAGCGCGCUCUGGGCUUGGCUUCCUCGCAGUAGAUGUGUCGUCGUCGUCGUCGUCGUCGACAGCGACGUUCCCUGGUAGUGCUACCGUGCGCUCGCGCUGGAAGCGGGAAGUCGCUACAGUCCUGCGACUGGUUGCGAUGCUGGUGCAAGGGACGCGCUUCGAACUGCGUCUCGGUCCGCAGGCGGCAACGGAGCAGUCAGCGGCACCGCGCCAUGUAUCCGUGGACGACAUUCUGAUUGUGGCACCCUACAACGAACAGGUGAAUGCCCUGAAAACUGCCUUUACGCUCUGGGCUGCAUCGCGCACUCCACAGACGGGCGCAGAUGCAGCUUCGAGCAAUAUACCGCGUAUCGGUACCGUCGAUAAGUUUCAGGGCCAAGAGCGUCCCAUUGUCAUAAUGAGUCUCUGCGCACCCGAGCAGGAUCGCACCGCGGCAUCUGGAGGCGACGCUGAGAUGCGCACACGCGCGAGCCACGAGGGUAUUGCCUUCAUCCUGGACGCCCGACGCUUGAAUGUGGCGCUCUCUCGGGCGCAGUGUCUGGCAGUUGUCGUUGGUGAGCGUCAUCUGGGACUCGGAACGGUUGACGAUGUACAGGCAAUGAAGGCGAUGAACCUUUUCCUGCGUUUGCGUGCCGAGGCGGAGCCAUGGAUGCUGGAGGAGGACGUUGCCGAUGUGCAGUUCAGUAGCGCGUCGUCGACACAUGGCCCGUCGCGGCUGUAA